CUAAUUAUCCCACUGUUCCUGGGCUUGGUUCUUUCAAUAAUAUUUGCGUGUACACACUAUUUGUAAUCAGGGCAGCUCAUUGAUCAAAUUCCCGCCGGCUUUAGAUAAUAAUGAGUAAGAUAUUGCCAGCCAGCCCCAUUUGCGUUCGAUAUUUCAGUUAAAGGCGCGUCACCGUGCCGCGUUCACUUAGUUUCGUUUUUUACUAGUCACUAACUACAUACUAGCACUUGCACUUGCAACACAAAUAAAUAAGAAAUAAAUAAACUAGAGCCCAAGGAUCGAGGAUGUACAACGCAGGCUACCAAGUGGACGUAAUUGAUCCCUACUAUCAGCCUCCCGUGGAGGUGAUAAAUGUAGUGGGACCACCACCACCUGUGGAGGUGAUAGUACCAUCGCCAGUCUACACUCAGCCCGUUGUGGUUGUGGAGCAGCCCAGCUAUAAUCAGCCAGGACCACCGGCAGGACCCAGCGAUGCCGAGUGCUGCAUGCUUUUGGGAGCCUGUUGUGUGUUGGAGGAGUGUGGCCUUUGUGCCAUAAUGUAGAAUUGUGAAAAUAUAAAAUUGUGAAGUUUGUGAAAUACUUGUAA